AUGGGUACACUUGAGAGUGUCUUCAGUCAUUUUAAUGUUAUUGCUGCUGCUGUUGUUGCUGCUGCUGUUAUUACUGCUGCUGUUGUUACUGCUGCUGCUGUUACUGCUACUGCUCUUGCGGCUGCUGCUGUUGAUAUUGCUAUUAUUACUAUUGCUGUUAUUACUGUUACUGUUGUUACUGUUACUACUGUUGCUGCUGCUGUUGAAUGA